GAAAAUCUAACUAUCAUAUAGAAGAGCCAGCCCAAUCCACUUGAGCCAAUUAUUCCAUCCAUGGCCACCAUAUUCUCUCCAUCGCCCAUUCUCUCCUCCGCUGCAGCCACCGCCAGCGCUACCACCACCACCACAACCAAAACCCCACCAAACCUAACACUUUUUCCCGCCACCAAAACACCUUUAACCACCCUCCUAACUGCCACGAUAGCAACCACCACACUCCUCGCAACUCCUCCCUCCUUUGCUGACCCUGCGCAAAAAUUCAGCAUUUACUACGGGACAGCAGCCAGCGCGGCAAAUUACGGAGGCUACGGGGGCAACUCCGACAAGAAAGCGUCGGCGGAGUACGUGUACGACGUCCCAGAUGGGUGGAAAGAACGUUUGGUUUCAAAAGUUGAGAAGGGAACAAAUGGAACGGAUAGUGAGUUCUAUAACCCGAAGAAAAGAACCGAGAAAGAAUACUUAACGUUCUUGGCGGGGUUUCCGCAGCUGGCGCCAAUGGAUGUUGUGUUGAACAAUCUUGCUUUGAGUGAUGUGGAUUUACAGGACUUGAUAGCGAGUGCUGAAAAGGUGGACUCUUUGGAAAAGAAGGACGAGAAUGGACAGUUGUAUUAUGUUUAUGAGAUUGAUGGUGUUAGUACUCAUAGUUUAAUUACUGUGACUUGUGCGAAGAAUAAACUGUAUGCACAUUUUGUCAAUGCGCCCACGCCGGAGUGGAACAGAGAUCAAGACGCAUUGAGGCAUCUUCACGAGUCUUUUAAGACUGUUGGGUCUUUUUAAUUAUUUAGUGCAUGUGUAAAAAGUGAGGUGAUGAAGAUUUUGCUGUAAUCUGAUGUUCACUGUUGUUUUCCUAUCAUUUACUUUCUAAUAAUAGAAAAUGAGCAUCAAUUUUAUUA